UAAAAGCCGUCCCCGACCACCAGACUCGGGAAUUCCUCCGGCGAUCCCUCCCUUCGACGGCCGUCUCCUUCUCCGUGCGCCCAGGAGAUCCUCCAGCUUGCAGAGAACACCUAAUUGCUCCGAAAUGGAUAGAGGGCAGAACGGGAGGGACGACUUCUUCGGUGGCAGGGACCCAUUUUCUGGGUUUGGUGGUUUUGGUCCCCAGAGGAGUUUGAUUUCUGGCUUCUUUGGAGGGAGGGAUCCAUUUGAUGAUCCAUUCUUCACGCAGCCAUUCGAGGGUCGGAUGAUGGGUGGCCAUGGCAUGUUUGGACCUAGCCUUUUUGGGCCGAUGGGAGGGCCGUUCGGUGACAUGAGGAACGAUGGAUUCAUCCAGCAAGCUCCUCCUAAGAGUAAUGGCAGAAGACCUGUCAUAACAGAGCUUGAUGAGGAGGGAGGAGAAAACGCGGAGCACGGUAACGAGCAGUCAAACCAGGAUUCUUAUGUUCAGGAGCCAGAUGAUGCAAGUGAUGUGAUGGAAGGUGGUCAAGUCCAGCUACGGAGGGAUCUCAAUAGGGCUAAUAGUGGAGGGCAAUCACAAGCUCGUACUUUCACAUAUCAGAGCUCUUCAGUGACCUAUGGUGGUAUUAAUGGAGCUUAUUACACUGCUUCAAAGACUCGGCGGACUGGCAGUGAUGGGAUCACUGUGGAAGAAAGCAAGGAAGCAGAUACAACAACUAAAGAGGCCACUCAUAGAAUAUCACGAGGAAUACAUGAUAAGGGCCACUCCCUGACAAGGAAACUGAAGUCAGAUGGGAAGGUUGACAGUACACAGAUACUGCAUAACCUGAAUGAAGAUGAACUAGCUGGAUUUGAGGAAUCAUGGAAGGGGAAUGCUGGACAUCACUUGCCUGGCUGGAAUCAAAAUGCUGGUGCACCAAAUAGUGAUAAUUCUGUUCCGCACCGGUUGGUGCACUGCAGGUAACCGUAGCUCCAGCGGACGUGACCGGCGAUCUGCGUGGGGCUGGGCGCUUCCCGGAACAGAGCAAGGCCGUGAUCCGAGGC